AUGGGAAAGAAAAAGUCUCGUCGCAAUAACAAUUCGUUCAACAAAGCGUUUAUUUCAUCGCCAUCGGCAAGUCCUAGCCCAAAAACACCGGCUGUUGUUGAAGACGAAAUCGGCGAAGAGUUAGCUGAACUUGAACAAAAUGCUCAGAAUCAACAACCAAUUGCUGCGCCAAGAAAAUCCUUGUCCACAUUGAGUUUGAAUUAUGAUGAAUUUGAUCAUGCGGAUAUUGAAAUUCCUUUGAAUUCCAAAGUCGAACAAAGAGAUGGAAUCAAUUUAAAUGUUUGUUUUAUUGGCGUUUUCGAUUUCAACAUUUUAAAAUUAUUCAGGCACCCAAGCAUGCUUAUCAAACUGUUUAUAUGAGUCAUGAAAAUGUAACCAGUCCGGUUCCGAGAGAUCCAAUAAGUCGUUCAAAUAGUGUGCAUUCUAACAAAAGUGUUUUGGGAAAUUUAUCAUCAAAUUUGCAAACGGCGAAAAGUGGAAGUGUUUCAUCGAACCACAAUGUAAUAACUUUUUAAACGAACAAUAUGAUUUAUUAAAAAAUAUGUGGUUUUCAGAAAUUGACAGACGGUGGAGCAUAUGAUAGUUUUCGUGCAUCCCAUCAAAAUCUUGCAAAACCAAGCUCAACUUCUCGUAAUUAUGCACACGGUGAUUGUUCGUAUUCAAGUUUUCUGUCGGAUGCUGCUGGAGAACGUUCUUUGGCUGGUUUUCCAACAAGCGCAUUUGGAGGAUCAAGAGCUAGUAUUCAAAGAGAUGAAGAUUCCGAUGAUGAUAUUCAAAUUUUGAGAGAAAUUCCGAGACAAAAUCGAAAUCAAAUUGGAGAAUUGGAAAGAUUGAAUAUUCCGGACGAAAGUGGAAGAAGAAGUCGUUUGAAUAGUCGAAACAGUGGAGUUAUUGGAUUUGAGAAUGGAAAUCUUGAAACAAAUGUAAGUUUAACAUAAUGCUGAUAAUUCAAAAUAAAAUUACAGAAAAAUAUAUUUCAGCAUCAAGAUAUAAGAUCAUCAUCAAGACGCAGUCGUACUGUUAGCAAUACUUCUCGUCAAAGUGGUCCAACAGCUCAUGUUUUGAAAACUGCAUCAAGUCAACAAUUACCAAAAGAAGUUUCCGAAGAUGUUCGAACUUAUCAUGCUGAUUCCGAAUAUUUGCAAAAUCGUCUUAGCAAAGUAAAAACCUUUUUUUCAAUGUCCACCAAUAAUUUGAAAUUUUCAGCUUUCAAUACAUACAAAUAAUGAUGAAUUUGUUUUGGUCGGCGGUCAUCCUCCAGAUUUUGGUGGUAGAUCUAAUAUUCCAUCAAUUCGUGGUAAUGAUGAUACAACAUUUCGAUCGGAUACCUCAAGAAAUCGACAAAAUGAAUCGGUGUUUUCGAUUUCAAAUGAAUCUCAUCGUAGUAAAUCAAUGUCUCGUGGAAAUGUAUCUUCGGCUAACUCUCGAACGGUAAUAUGAGUGUUUGACUAUUGUGGCUCUUAUUUUUCGAGUUUCAAAAUCAUUUCAGGUCGUGAAAGACUAUGGUAGCAAUCGAGAUAUGCGUCAAAGUGAAGAGAUUUUGGGUCGAUCGAUAUCACAAAACGAAUUUUCGGAUAGAUCUGCUCCAAUUUCCAGAAACUCUUCAAGACAUACAAUUGUAUGUGAUUUCUGUACGCGUUAAAAACAAAAUGUAUUGUUAAUUUCCAGGGAACAACUUCUAAUACAGAUGAUCGCCUUUUGCUUGCUGCAAAAUACAGUAGAUUGCCUGAAGCUGAAGGACUUAUCCAAAUUCCAAUAUCACAAAGCACAACAUCAAAUGUUCAUACACUUGUUGGAACAAAAUCAUCAUUAUCAAGAACAUCUUCAAUUUGUUCGAAUAAAAGUGAUCGGGUUAAUUUUGCUGAAAUUCCGACACUUUUCAGUCAUCCGGAUGAUCAUUUUGGUGAAGAAGAAGAUAAUAAUGAAGGAGAACCAUUUAGACCAACAAAAGAACAUCAAUAUACUCCAUCAAAUAAAGGAACAGUUAAAACUAGUUUGAGAGAAAAGGUUUGUUGAUCUAUCUUAAUUUGAAUUAAAAUUUUGAAUAAACUUUCAGGAAUUGGAAGAUCGAGAACCAGAAAAGGCAUUAUUUGUAACUUCGGCAUUGACGGUAAAAUGAGAAUUAGAAAAAUUGAAAAAAAUAUUUGUUUCUAGCCAGUUGCUUCACGUGCUCCAGUUUCAACCAAAAACAGUGUUUCUGAUUCAAUUCUUCAAACACCUCAAACAAUUGUUAGAAAUCAAGAAGUUCGUUGUAUUCGACAAAUUAUGCAACCUCUUACAGCAAAAAACACAGCUGAAAUUGCAAUACAAACUGGAAAUACAAUUCGAUUGAGACAAGGAAAAUGGAACCCAGAUGGUAAAAGAAAUUAUUUUAAGUUUUCCUAUUCUUUUUUUACUGUUACAGUUUUGAGCCAAUUUGUGGAUACAAGCUAUUCAUCAGCAGAAAGUCCAAUUCGUCCAAAAAUGAAUAAUUCAUUUGAGAAAAAUGGUCAUCCAGCUGUAUCAAUUUUAUCGAAUAUGCUUCAGAAUCGUUUGAAUAGUCCAAAAGCAACACCAGUUAGCUCAGAUUCUGAUGUUAGAAGUUCACAAUCUAAUUCUUCUCAUCAAGUGACAAUGGUUCAUCAAACAGACAGUCAGACGACUGUAAGUAAAAAUAUUCAUCGAAAAAUAAUUUAAAAAAAAAGUUUAAAUUCAGGUUCUCAACGAAAAACUUCGUCACAUUGCUGAUAGAUAUAAAAUUGAUGAAAAUGCAAAUGUUUGUUCAUAAAUAUAAUCUAUAACUUUUUAAUGAAAACUUUUUUUAUAGACUCAAUUCACUCCUUUAUCAACAUCAACUCCUUCGAAAAUUACUGAAAAGAAACGAAGAAAUGGAAUUUCUUCAAUUGAAAGUUUGCAAGAACAAGCUCUUCAGAAAACUGGAAGUGAAAAAAGUAUCAAUUCGAUGGCAUCUUCGAAGAAAAAUCAACAAAUUCCGGAAAUAAAAAUUGAUGCGAGAUGGGUUGAAGAGAAAAAGUCGAAUGGUGAUACAAUCAGGUUAUUAUUGUUUUUUUUUAAACUAGCGGAAUUAUACAAGGUAAUAUUAUUUUAGGAAACAUGUUCCACGUGGUCGAAUUCGUGAUUUGGCCCAAGCAUUUGAUACAAUGCAAAUUAAUUCACCGAAAAACGAAUUACCGAUUCCAAAAUAUGGUAAAAAUUAUUGGAAAGCACCGGAAGAUAAUACAAAAUUAGCUGUUCCUUCCAAAUUUAUAUCUGAAGAUCGAAUUCAUUCUUCAAGUGAUAUUAGAAGUAGAUCAUCAUCAAAUCGUUUAGAUGCAUCAACAAUGUCAUCAAAUAUAUUUUUGCCACAUACUUCAUCGAAUAAUAUUAAUGACAGACAUCGAAGCACGUCUUCUUCUUUAUCAAAUCAACCGAAUGUUUUCACAAGAAAUACAUUUUUGCGAACUUCAACUGCCACGUCAAAUUUGAAACCAGGAGUUAUUCCAACAAAUGUUCCAAUGUCGACAACUCCAAUAAAUGGACAAGAAAAUAAUAAUUUUGGUGGAUUUGUUACUCAAUUUGAAAGAAUUCCAUCAAUUAAUAAAUUGAAUGUUGAUAAUAAACAAAGGUGAGAUUUUUCUACUAUUUUGUUUAUUUUUUCAAAAUAUAAACAUAUAUUUGUACUUUUAAUAUAUUUUUAGAAUUUACGAGAGUGAAGAUCAGAAACAUUUCAAAGAAGAUCCAUUAUUCCGAAGAUCAAUGCCAAAUCGAGAACCACUUGGAAGAAAUACGAAAAACACUCCAAUUCUUCGUCGUCAAACAGCUGUCAUUGAAAUUCCAAAAAAUAGUGAGGAAAAUGGAGUGAGAGUUCCGAUUCAAAGAGUUUCAUCGUCCAAUCAAGUAAUUCAUAGUGAGUUUUUCCGUAUUUUUGUCUUUGAAAUAAAAUAAUUUUUGUUAAGAUCCAUUGAGAGUUGACUCGAAAAUUGAAGUUCCGAUAAAUCGAAUCAUCAAUCCAUCAAAAUAUCAUCGCGUUGAAAGAGCAAAAACACAAGAAGUAACAACUGAAAGACAAUAUCAACCAACAAAUUCGAAUAUUUAUGAAACAAAAGCAGUUAGUGGUGAAAUUGGAAUAAAUUCAAAUAAUUUUGAGGAUCCAUUCAAAACUGGAAGAGAUUUAUAUGGAAGACAAACUACGGAGAAUUUAUCGAUGAUUCGAACUGAUGGAAAAGAUAUAUUUGAAGAAGAAAAAGGAAGAAACUUGAGAAAUUAUGAAAUUGAAAAUGAUCAUAGGGCAAGAGUAUGUUUUCUUUUUUUGGAAGAUUUUCAAAAUUCUACAAUUUUCAGCCGUUGGAAGUAUCCCCGAAACUUACCAGACACCAAGCUAUUUUCUUUGAUAAACAUCCUUCGAAAUUAAAUAUUUCAAAUCAUUUAACAAAACAUUCGACAACUACAAUUACACGGGAUAAUUUGGCAUAUUCACCUCCUGCUACAGAGGUUUGUUAAAAGUGUCUUUGUCUUUUCAUUAUUUCAAAAUAUUUAACAGGAUGCCGGAAGUCGAAUCACACAUUUGACUCAAUCUCUUCAAGAUGGAAGUACAGAUCGAUUAUUGACAGCCGAAGGAGAUAAUAGUACGAUAAGAGGAAAGAUUGAUAGAAUGUUUGAUUUUGUUGAUGAAAAUGAAGAGAAAAAUCAUAGAACUGUUUGUGGAGAAGAAACAUCGACAAUAUCAAGUGGAACAUUGGGAAGAGCUGGUGGAAGAUCGGUUGGCGGAAGAUUUGAGAAAAAUAAUGGAGAUUUAUAUUCGCCCAAAACUAAGUUUGUUUUUUUUGUGUAGUUCAUUUUAUUAUAUUUCGCCAAUUUGUUUCCAGAUUUGCGAGUUAUUUACCAGUUAGUCAUCAAAGAUCAAUCGAUGAACAAGGAGAAUGGGAAAGAACUAUUUAUAAGGAGAAUUCAAAUGGUUACGACGGAAGACAUUAUGAAAAAUUGCAACAAUCAGCCAAAAAACGAAAUAUGAAUUCACCACCUGAUCGUAGAAAUACUGUAGCAAUUGGAGGAGGAACUGCCACUGAUAGUGAUUUUGAAUAUUCGGUAAGAGAAUUGUUACUUCGAAAUUAUAAUUUGCAAUAAAACUUGCAAGUUUAAGGUUUUCAGCUUUCUCAAUAUCGUGAAAUGCAAAGAGAACAACUUCUUCGACGUCUUCCUUCAGUUGAUGAGCCACAGUUUUUUCGUUCGCCGACAUUGAUUGCACCGCAUGCUGGACAAUCAAUUAACGCAUAUCGAUCAAAAGAUUUGUGUGGAACUCCAACAGCUGGCGAAAAGGUUUGAAAAAACCCAAAAAAAUGAAAAAUAAAUUCAACGUGAACUUGUCUAACCACGAAACAAAAUUUCAUUUAAUUUUCUAAAUUCUUCACGAUUCAAUUAUUUCAUUUAAUUUUAAUUUAUAGAUUCGUUUGAAUCCUUCAUAUUCUGGAUGUUAUUCGCCUCGAAACAUUCCAACAGCUCUCGCAACUUCAACUCCAAUGGAUAGUCCUUCAUCAAUCAGUUCAUCAUUUCGAAAAGCCGAAUUGAACAAUAAUAUAUUUGGAGAAAGUGGAAUUGAAGGAGGACCACAUGAUACUUUUGUAUCAUCGAUUAGUGGAGUUUCGGCAAAUGAAAAACAAGUUGAUUUUAUGAAGAGAAUUAAUGUUUGUUGUUGUAUUUGAAUCAUGAUCAAAAUAAUAGUUUUUUUUUUCAGCGUUUAUCCUAUAUGAUUGAGAACACACAAAAACAAAUGAGCUUGAAUGAAGCGGUUUUAAUCGAUGCUAUUAAAAAAGGAAGACAAUCUCAGGAGGUUUGAAGAUUUGUUCGAAUUUCUUUCUGAAAAAAUGGGUUUUCAGAUAGCUGCGAAUCGUUCGAUUUUGAUUAGCCGUGAAACUCUUCGUCUUCAACGCAGCGAACUUCGUCGAUUACACGCAAUUUCAGCAGUUCGUCGACCACCUCCGCCAGUUGCUCGAAAUCUCAAAGGAUCUGUUAUUUUCAGUAAUGUUAUGGUUCAUUUGAAUAAGAAUUUUUGCAGUAGAUUGACAACUGCUGAUGGUAUGUUUGCUCAUUUCAAUAUUUUAGUUCAAAUGUUCAACAAUUUUUUAUCUACAGAUAAUUCUUAUGCAUUUGUUGCUCUUUUCAAAAAUGGUCACCAAGUUGAAGCAACUGAAUAUUUGGCACUUCGAGUUGUUCAUAAUAAUGAAGUUAUGGAUCGAUUGAUAUUCGAGAAACCAAUCCAAUUUUCUGAUGUUUCAGUUGAUUUUACUGUUACUGUUGAAUUUUAUGCGAUGGUAAUUACAAUGUUAACUUAUUAAUUAAUCAUUUUAAUUAAUUCUAUUUUUUUAGAAAGUUCAAGCACCAAAACAAGUUGAGCACACAUCGUUCGCCACAAGAUGUAAGAAUUUGAUGGGUCCACGUGAGUUGAUAAGGAACUAUAUGCUGCAAUAAAAUAAAUUGUUUCAGCUCAGAAAAAGGCAGCUCAAGUUGCAUCGUCUGAAACAGCAUUCAAAAUGCGCGGCCGAAUUGUUUUGGAUCGUGAAGCCGCUGGAGAAAGAUGUUUCUAUUUGGAUGAUGUAACAUAUCCACUUGAAGGAACAAUGAUGAUUAAUACGAAAUGCAGCAGAUUGCCGGAUGUUUUUGAAGAGGACUUCAAAGGGUUUUUGGUAUGUUUUGUUUCUAUGAAAUUAAUUUAUCCAUUGAAAAUCAUCAUUUUCAGACAAUGUUCUCUGCAAAUAGUAGUAUGGUUUCAUGGGAUCGUUAUUGGGCUGUUCUUCGACGUGGAAUUGUAUUCUUAUGGAAAUAUCCAGAUGAAGAACAACAAGGAAAAGAGCCAAGAAUGCAAAUUGAUUUGACAAAAUGCACAAAUAAUUCGAUCGAAAAAUGUUCAUUUGAUGUUUGUCCACGGCCAUAUUCAUUUAUGAUUGAGAUUUUAGUCGAAUCUAAUGAACAUUCUGAGCAAUCGACUAUUGGAAGUGUUGUUGAGAAAAAACGGUUAGAAAAAAAAACAAUUUGAAAUAAAAAAAACACGUUUUAUUUUCAGUGUUCUUCUUUCGGCGGACACGGAUGAAAUGUUGUCUCAUUGGUUGUUUUCGAUGAAUCAAACUCUUGAUGUUAUUCGUGGGCCAAUCUAA